AAAAAAAAGUUUAUAUUCUAAUUUAACAAAGUUUAAGGGUAGUUAGUCUAUAAAGAAAUUUUCAUAUUAAAUAAAAUUGUAAAUAAGAUAAUUCAGGAAAUAUCACAUGAUGUUUAGAAAUUUCUUUUAUAGUGGCUUCUGAGAACAGCUGAUGAAAAAUGAAAAUAAUAAAACAUUUCAAAAAUAUUAUCAAAGAAAGGAAAAUGUCAUCCGUCGAGGUCGUGGUAUCAAGAAGAGCUAAAAAAAAUAAUUUAAUUCAAUAAUACGGGUCUAGCAUAAUACUACGGUUAGGAUUAAAAAAAUUAAAAAAAAAAGACUCCUUAAACGAAAAUUAAAAAAAAUAAGGGAUUUUUAAAAUGGCUAGUGAAUUCGAUAAUAUUUACAACGUAGGCAGGACGUUUCAGAUUACAGAACGGCCAUCUUCAAUUCGAAAAACUACUAGAGAAUCAAUUCAUUCUGGUCAGUUUAUGGUAUCACAUUUUGAGGAAGCUGAAGAGGUUGUUGAUGACGAACCUGCAGAUGUUAAAAUGCCAGAUCCGGAUGAUCCAAAUACUGUAGGUUCACAAGAGGUUCAAGUAAACACAUGCCGUGAUAUACAAUUAUAUGUUCCUAGAAAGGCCUUGAAUUAUGCUGGUGGAGCACAAACAACAAAUUCAACAUUAGAAAUUGAAACAUCUCUAACCAAAUUAUUUAAAUGUAUGAAUUUGACUUAUUCGCAAAAAUUAACUUCACCGAAAUGGAAUCAUUUUAAAGGAGUUCGAUUACGUUGGAAAGAUAAAAUUCGCUUAAAUAAUGUUAUUUGGCGUUGUUGGCAUAUGCAAUUCAUACUUAAAAGAAGGACUCCAGUUUGCCAAUUUGCCUCACCAUUGGAUGUUGAUAUACAUAACAAUCCACAAAGUGUUGUCUUAGAAGGUAAAUAUUGGAAGCGUCAUUUAGAUGUUAUCAAAGCUGAAUAUAGAAAAUGGAGGCGAAAUUUCAUAUCAAAUGCUAAAGGUGUUUUGCCUUGUAGCGAUACUUUAAGUGAUUUUGAUUUGAUGGAAUUUUCCAUGACGGAUGAUCGUUAUUUUUUCACUGAAGAUUUUUAUAUGAGUGACAUAUUAUUUUCUACAAUUAAUGAACCCUUUCCUUUUCCUGAUCGCAGAGAAAUUGCAAAAAAUGCAAGUAAUGCUGAUCUUUUACAACCAAAUUUAGGAGCACUUCAACCUAAUUUAGAUGACAUAGAUUUGCAUUAUCAAGAACUUUUACAAAACGCACGAGCUUUACCUCCAGUGCCUGAAGAAGGUGCUGAAGAUUUAUUAAAAAGUGUUGAUAACGAUUACCAAGAUUUUUCUGCAAUUAUUGGUAACGUAGAAGACGAUUUAGAACAAUUAAAUUCUUUAAAUCCAGCUGCACCUUUACUAACAGAUUCAAUAGUAGAUCCUAAAAUGGAACAGGAUCUUUUCGACAUACCUAAUAUUCAGUCGAAUGUAACAAACCCAACAACUCAAUUUUCAGACCAAGUUCAAAUUCCAAAUAAUAUUUCAAGUCAAAAAGAAGAUUUAUUAAUGAAAACAUUUCCUCUUAUAAAUGCUCAGAAUCAAAAUCAGUAUGGUAAUUUUCCAUCAAAUAAAGUUAAACAUGGUAGGAUUAAUAAACCAAAUGUUGGAAGACUGUUUAGGAAACGGGAACCCCAUAAUUAUGAUAAAGCUCAACCAACUUCUCAUCAAACUAGCAUAUAUCAACAAAUUGUAGCUGAAUUAACUAAUAUGCAGGACAUAGCAACAGCACAGCAACAGCAGCGUCAGCAACAACCGCAAACUGUGUUUCAUAUGAGUGCUGAUCAGCCUAUGCCAUCACAAUAUCAAAUUUCAAAUGUGCCUCAACAAAACAAUUAUUCAUUAGAUUCCGAUAUUAAUGUGCCAUUAAUAAAUAGUGAAAGCAUAUCUGCUAUAAAUAAAAAUAUCUCGGUGCCUCAAGUUAUUGCAGUUGAUAAUGCGUCUCCAUGUUCAACAAAGUUGCAAGUGAAUCAGUCUGACUUGCUGUCAAUACUAAAUUUUCAGCAAAACAACUCAAUAGAUAUUGUUCCCUUAGCACAAGAACAAAUGCAAAAUAAUUGUCCAGCAUUACAAUUUACAAAUCAAGUGAUUACACCAAUGCAAGUACAAAAUGAAAAUGAAAUAACUAAACUUAAUUCUAAUCGAUAUAUACAGUCUGGGCUCAUGAUAAAUAAAAAAGUUCAGCAACAAGUCAAUUCACCGAAGGAGCCUUUCCGUUCAAAUAGUCUACCUCUAAAUGCUUCUAUAAAACAAUUAGAAACGAGAGAAGAAAAUUUUUUAGUGCCUAAAACUUGUACAGCAACCCCAGGGGGAGUUGUAAGAUCUCGUAAUCGUAGUAAUUCAAUGCAACAGAAUCUAGCAAAUACAUAUAUGCAGAUUAUGGAUUCAGCAGAGGCAUUGCAAAAUGCAAAUAGUGAGCCAAUGUUGAAUAGUACACUUGCACAGCUUUUAAAAAAUAAUAAUAGUUCUUCAACUUCUUCUCCAACAAACUCCUCAGCAAGUUCUUACAGUUUACAGCCAACAAAAACUAAUUCUCCUAUAAAUACAGCUACUACAAAAACAAAUAGUUUACCACCAUCAGGUUUAAUGGGGUAUCAAAAACCAAAAAUGGAAGUUGUUCCAAUGAAAUCGAACUCAUUACCUCAAAAUUUAGUGUUGCAAACUAAUUCACCACUUUUAAAAACAUCAAUUGCACCAAUGAAUUUAGCUACAACGCCAUCUAAUUCUGUUCUUAGUUUAUCUCCUGAAUCGUAUAUUUCAGAUCAAGACUUUACUCCAGUAUCUCCUCCAUCUUAUCGUUCGGGUGGAUCUUCUUCAUCAAAUCAAAGAAGAGCUGGUCAUAUUCAUGCCGAACAAAAACGUCGUUAUAAUAUUAAAAAUGGUUUUGAUUUAUUACACUCUUUAAUUCCACAAUUACAACAUAAUUCUAAUGCAAAAUUAAGUAAGGCUGCUAUGUUGCAAAAGGGUGCAGAAUAUAUUAGACAAUUACGUUCAGAACGUGAAGAAUUGCGUGAAAAAAUCAACAAAUUACGAAACGAUCGUGAUAUUUUAAAUAACUCACUUACACAACUUCAUUCUGUAUUACCAGCUAAUGGUGCACCAAUAUCACGCCAAAGAACUGAAAAAGUUAAACAAUUAUUUGAUGAAUACGUUAGAAUGAGAACAUUAGAAAAUUGGAAAUUUUGGAUUUUAGGUUUAAUAUUUCAGCCACUGUUAAAUUCAUUUACAACAACAGUUUCAACUGCUAGUUUAGAAGAAUUACAUCGUACUGCAUUACAUUGGGUUGAUCAACAUUGUUCAUUAAUUGAAUUAAGACCAGCUGUUUCAAAUAAAUUAAGACAGUUAUCUAUGACAACGGAUCUUUUAUCAGAUCCACCAUCAACUUUACAAGAAGAAGUAAUAAAAGCAAUUCAAAGUGGAUCAAGUUGUAGCGCUGAUGAACAUAGUAAUGAUGAACAGAAACAUUUGAGUUAUUAGGAACAAUAUAAAAAACAAAAACAAAUUGCUUUAAUUUCAUUUUAAUAGAUUGUUAUAAUAAUAAUAAAUUUUUUUUUUUAAAUUUUAGCAUAUUUUUAAAUAAAAUUAAAUUUUAAGCGUUUUUAAUUUUAAGUUUUAAAGAAGAAUUUAAUCUCUUCAUAGGGUUUAUUUUACAGUUAUGAAAAAAGAUUCAAUUUUUUUUGAUUCUAUUUUCAAUAGUAUUUAAUUUAAUAUAUGUAUAUAAAACUUAAAACCAUAUUUGAAAUACAUAUUGUACCAACUUGUAUACAAUUGCUAAGAACUGUUAUACUGGUGACUUUUUAAUUUUCUAAUCUAAUUACUAGAUAAGUUUUUUGUUUUUUUUUGGUAAUUAACAAAAAUUGGUAAAAUAAAAUCGAAUAUAAAAUCAUUUAAUUAAAGUUUCAAAAUUUAAGUUUUUGUUUUUUAAUUUAAGAUUAAAACGUUGGUACAUGAAAAUUUUAAAGAAAAACAGUUCUGGAAAACAAAAAAAUAUUAUUUCUAAUACAUGCA